AUGCACGGCGCCGGCACGGUCAUGCUCUCCUGCCUCACCCUUGCCUCCGCCAUCAGCCCGACCCUUCUACUGCACGUCGGCGCACCACUGCGCGUGGCGUUCGGCUCCUGCCGGAAGCAGCUCAAGCCUCAGCCUGUGUGGGACGCCGUCGCCGCGCAGUCGCCGGCGCUGUGGCUGUGGCUGGGCGAUGCCAUGUACCCGAAAGGGUCGGUGACAUCUGCCGCGCAGCUGCGUGAGGCGUACGCGCAGGCGGGCGAGCCGGCGCUGCGCGGCGUGCCGGUCGACGGCGUAUACGACGAUCACGACUACGGGCUGAACGACGGCGGCGUUGGCUGGGAGCUGAAGGAGGACGCGCGGCAGCUCUUCCUCGACGAGGUUGUCGGCGCGCCCGCUGACUCGGCGCGGCGCACCCAGAGAGGAGGCCUCUACGGCAGCCGCACGCUCGGCGAGCCGCCCCGGCAGCUCAAGGUGGUGAUGCUUCGACACACAGGAGUCACUGCUCGUGCUGACUCAUUCAUUCUUAACCAAGGCAGCUCGCACUCCGCGCAAGUGCUGGACGAGGAGCAGUGGGCGUGGCUCCGGACCCAGCUCACCAACUCGACCGCGUCGGCGCACCUCAUCGUCUCGUCAGCUAGCUGCGAGCCGUCGGCUCCUCCUUCGUCACCCACGGGCUGCGGCGCCAUCGUCGUCCGUAUCCACCACGCGCUCGACGGCGGCACGGCGCUCGAGCACUCUCUGCCGCUCGGGCUGACCGCCGGGCAAGAGGCGGAGCGCUGGCGCGCAGCGCAGGCCCUCCCGACCAUCUUUGACGCCGCGGCGGAGCUGCGCGCAGCCGUGGCCGCCCUCGCCGGCGGCGCUCUCGCGGCCGGCUUGCUCUGCUGUUGCGGGUGUAGGAGGUUGGCGCGGGGCCGGGGUCGCGCCGCGCAGAGGCAAAGCAAGCGAGACUGA